UUUAAAUUCGAUGGCCCCAAUUCCAUCCUCAUUCAAUAAAUCAAACUUCCUUCAAUCAAUCAAAAGCAUUAUAAUGCUUUUCUUCUUCGAUCGAUUCUUCACCCUUGGAUAAAAAGACAGUCUUUGGGCUGACAAACGAUGUUUGGAUGGAAAUGUUUCCAGUGGAGCAGAGUUCCAGCGGACUCCUUUCCUUCGCGCCAUCGGACCUUCUCUCUCCCGUCGCCGCUCCCCAAAUGGCCUCUAGGUCAAGGAUUUGGUACUGGAAGAAUAAAUAUAGGAGAGUUAGAAGUUAUUCAAGUCACCAAAUUUGAGUAUAUCUGGGAUUGUAAUUUCAGGAAUUCAACUGUUGCAUUUUAUAAACCCAUAGAUAUACCGGAUGGAUUUCGCAACCUUGGAUACUAUUGCCAGUCUAGUGAUUGUUCUUCCUCACUAGGGUUCGUCCUAGUGGCAAGGGAAGUGAUUUCACCUUUGGACAAUAUUGUGAUCCAACAUCAUUCCCCUGCUCUGUUAAAUCCUCUUGAUUAUAGGUUGGUAUGGAGCUCUAAUGAUGGACUCAAUGAAACCUGUAAUGGGUCUGGUUGCUUCUGGUUUCCUAACCCACCUCAAGGUUAUGAAUCCAUGGGUUUUGUUGUUACUAAUACCCUUGACAAGCCAGAACUCGAUCAAGUUUGGUGUGUUCGAGCUGACUUAACCGAUAGAUGUGAGACUUACAGACUUUUACUUGAUACAAAAUCGAGUUUUUCAUUUCGAGUAUGGGACAUUCGACCCUCUCAUCGUGGAAUGAUUGGUAAAGGUGUCAAUUUGGGUACAUUUUUCUGUAGUAGUUUUAGUGGAAGUAUUGGUGAACACUUAAAUAUUGCUUGCUUGAAAAACUUAAAUCCAUCGCUACAUGCCAUGCCAAAUCUUGACCAGAUUCAUGCUGUUGUUAGCCAUUAUGGACCCACAUUCAUCUUUCAUCCGGAUGAGAUUUAUCUUCCGUCUUCUGUUUCGUGGUUUUUCACGAAUGGUGCACGUCUCUAUAAACGAGGCGAAUUGGCAGGUGAGCCAAUUGAAUCUUCCGGUUCUAACUUACCUGCAAAUGGAACGAAUGAUGAUGCAUACUGGAUAGAUUUGCCUAUUGAUAAUAAGAGUGAGCUUGUCAAACGAGGAAAUAUAGAAAGUAGUGUGCUUUAUGUGCAUGUGAAGCCCGCCUUAGGUGGAACUUUCACAGAUAUCGUGUUUUGGAUAUUUUGUCCAUUUAACGGGCCUGGAACUCUUAAGCUUUGCAAUACUAACAUCCCUCUUGGUAAAAUCGGGCAGCAUUUAUGUGAUUGGGAACACGUCACUCUAAGGAUAAGCAACUUCACGGGUGAGCUUUCGUGCAUGUACUUUUCACAGCAUAGUGGUGGUAAAUGGGUGGAUGCCUCCAAUUUGGAGUUUAUAGAAGGAAAUAAAGCUAUUGUUUACUCGUCUAGAAACGGGCACGCUAACUUUCCUCAUCCCGGUUCGUUCAUUCAAGGAUCUAAGAAACUUGGAGUUGGGAUCACAAACGACACUGCUUACAGUAAUUACAGAGUGGAUUCAAGUGUGCGUUAUGAGAUCGUCUCGGCUGAAUACUUGGGGAAUGGAGUUGUUAAGGAGCCUUGUUGGUUGUUGUUCAUGAGAAAAUGGGGUCCAAAAGUUAGUUAUAGUAUAAGAAACAAGUUGGAUCAGAUUGUGAAUCGUUUGCCUGUGGUGAUUGGUUGUAGAAUGAAGAACGCUGUUUACAAGUUACCGGCGGAACUCUAUGGGGAGGAUGGACCUACAGGACCGAAGGAGAAGAACUAUUGGGUCGGGGAUGAAAGAUCAUAAUCAUUUAAUCCCUCAAACUCAAAUUCUCGAAUUCCAAAACAAGUCGACUCAACUUGUAUUGAAUAAAUCCCUAAAACAUCUUUUAAUCCUUCAAACUCAAAUCCUCCAACAAAGCAAUUCAAAAAACAAAUAAGUUUCUUAAUGCCUAAGGGAUAACAUGUGAUUCAAAUCAAUAAUCUUACAAAGCUCCUAAUUUAUCCUAUGAAUUAGGAG